GAUAACAAUCGUGCAGAAAUUUACGCAGUAGUUCGUGCUCUUGAAACAUGCGAAAAUCGAGAAAAGGUACUUGAGAUUAGGACCGAUAGCAGAAACGUGGUUAACGCGUUUGAAGGUUGGAUCAACACGUGGAAAAUGCGUGAUUGGAAAACAUCACGCAAUGUG